AUGUCUAUGCUGGUGACCGGUACGAGCAGACGACAAGAGUACCUCGACACGUACGGUCAUGCUCUUCAAGGUAUUCGAGCUGUGUUAGAUAGACCCACGGACUCAGUCGGACCCACUGUUGCGAUUGCCGGCAUGUGCCUGGCGCUUUCAGAGGGCCGUAGCCCAUGUGCUUUCAAAGAUGGUGUUGCCCACCUCAUGUUUGUUGGAGUCCGACCGCUCGUAGUCCUUGAUGCGAUCCUCAGGCGCAAGACGACGUUUCUGAUGAACGAACGAUGGCGAGUCAUACCAUUCUCCGUGUACCCUGCGUCUCGCAUGCAAGUGCUACUUGGGCAUGUCACGGCUAUCCCGCCUCUGCUCGAAGCGAUGGAGGAUGAGCAAGCCGAUCUGCAAACCGUUCGAACUGGCUUCCUGGAGGUUCUCAGCACACUUCAAGACUGGGAAGAUAGCUUUGUAUGCAAGGGCAUGCUCUAUCGACCGAUUGAUCCAAGCCACUUGGACUUGCCCACCGACGCACAACUUCUACCCAACCCAUGCUUCGACUUUGCGGACGUAUCGCACGCGAAUUCUUUAACUCACUGUUGGGCCUUCCGCAUCGUUUGCAUGCUACAGCUAUCGAAGCUGGAGUCUCGCUUAUCUGGAAGCGAAGGCUUCACUUGUGCCGUGGAGCUCAAACGCCGUACAAACGUAUCGAAUCUCUGCAUGGCGAUCUGCCAGGGGAUACCGUACCUUCUACAAAAGGGGAUGAGCCUCUAUGGUUCUAUGUCAGCUGCUUUCCCAUUGCAUAUGGUAUCAGAGAGUCUGCAAACGUUGCAGCUGCAAGAUCCUGGCCUGAACGGCUGGUAUGCAGCAAUCAAGGAACAGGUUCAGUCCCAAAGAAUUGCCCUGUACGAAGAGAUGGCUGAAUUCGGAAUCUUCACAUGA